AUGAACUACGGCGAGGCUGUCGCGCUGGUCGAGGCGGCGGUCGCGGCCGAGGACCGCGGGCUCUACGAGCGGGCGACGGAAGAGUACUUUCCGUCGCCCAAGAUCCAGCAGCUGCUCGCGCUAAAGGCGCAGCAGGUCGAGCGGUGGGGAGUCGCCCUUGCGGCGUGGCUCGCUGACGGUCAGCGCGGGCCCAAGCCCAUGCGCAUGUAG